ACGGACGUUUUGUUCAUGUGUUUUUGUUCUGAUAUCUGAAAUAUGAUUCAGGGUUUUUCACGUUUUACGUCACAAGUCAAUGAAGUGAAAACUGUUCAGAUAACCAACUUCAUAAAUGAACCUUCAUCUUCUCAGCAUGUGUGAGCGCUCAAAGAUCCACGUCUUCCUGGGGGCUCCUCCCCCCCCCCCCACUGACCCGGCCUGUGUGUGUGAGGCUGGGGCGGAGCCUGGGGCGGAGCCUGGGGCGGAGCCUGGGGGUCGGCCCCCUGCUGGGUGGAGGCAGCUGGAGCUCACCUGGACAGACGGACGCCUGAGGCCUGUGACCGGUGAGGCGUUCAGGGACCGUCUGAGGCCUGUGACCGGUGAGGCGUUCAGGGACCGUCUGAGGCCUGUGACCGGUGAGGCGUUCAGGGACCGUCUGAGGCCUGUGACCGGUGAGGCGUUCAGGGACCGUCUGAGGCCUGUGACCGGUGAGGCGUUCAGGGACCGUCUGAGGCCUGUGACCGGUGAGGCGUUCAGGGACCGUCUGAGGCCUGUGACAGCAGGAAGCAGCCGGGGCGACGCGGGUCGGACCGGAGCGACGCCGGGAGGACGAGCACGCCGCCACGAUGACACGGACCAGAGGAAGCUGAGCUCCGAGGACCACCCCCCCGCCGACCCUCUGAGCCCAGAGGACCAAUCAGAUUGUGAAGAGGACGACGGCUGCUCGGCCUCAGUUCUUCAGUACCUGGACGUCUGUUUCCCUGCAGCUCCGCCUGCUCCUCGAGGGCCUGGCGCUCCACGCAGCGACCGGCCGGCGUGCGGCACCACGCAGUACCUCAGCAGCUGGACGCUGAGUCAGGCUCUACACCUGAGAGGCCGGCGCAGCAGCCAAUCAGCACGCAGCCCUGCUCCUCACACCACGCCAACACACGCCCAGAGGCCGGCGUCCGUGUCCUCCAGCACGCCGGAGCUCUUCAGCCCCGAGCCGGCGCCGCCCGGAGCCUCUGCCGAGCUCUUCAGUCAAAUCUGCUCCUCCCCGACAGUGGAGGAGGGGGGGGUGGUCCUCCAGGCCGCAGCGGACUUCCUGCUCUGCUCCCAGGACGCCGCGUCCCCGGUCCAGCCCCCCCGAGGCAAGACAGCUCGACUCUCUGAAGACACCGCCGCCGGGGGGGGGGGGCGCACCACGCCUCUGGUCCGGUGUCAGCGAGCGGGGGUGCGGUACUCGGUCCUGGUGGCGGUGGUUCAUCCCUGUCACCUGAAGGAGGUCAAGGUGAAGGCGGGGCCAGCGGCGGGUUCCUUCGUCCCGCUGGCGUCCGUCGUGGUCACCGACCAGUCGGGGGUGGAGGUGAAGGUGGUGCUGUGGCGCCGGGCGGCGUUCUGGGCUCUGACUGUGAGUCCUGGAGACGCUCUGCUCAUCACAGGCCUGCAGGUGAACGAGGACCGGUGGCGAGGAGAGACGGUGCUGCAGUCCAGCUUCUGCAGUCAGCUGCUGAACCUCGGACACAUCGCCGCCUCUGCCCCUCCUUCAGCCCUCAUCAUCUCACCCUCCCCCCCCCUCCAGCUCUGCCUCUGGUCGAUGCUCGCUCGCUCGCCGCUCUGCGCGAACCUUCGAGAGCGCCGCCCACUGCUGCUGUCUCUGCCUAGCCCCGCCCCUCAGGACCUGACCCGCCUCCCCUACAGCACCCUGAGGUCACUGAGGGUCAACACGCUGGUCCACGCCCUGCUGCGGGUCACACGCACACACAUGUGCUCAGAGUGGCGCAGUGAGGCCGAGUCCUGCUGGAGGUCAGCGGCUCAGACCAAAGCUGUUCUGUCUGUGGAGCAGCCGGACGGCCACCAGGGGGCGCUGCUGCUGUGGGGAGCUGCUGUGGGCUGGCUGCCUCGCUUCAACAGAGACAGAGCCGUCGUGUGGGAUUUCCACAUCCUCCUGGUGAGGGAGGGUUUGACCUCUGACCUCCCCGAGCUGCACUCCACCCCCUGGAGCUCGGUCCGGCCCCUGGACCCCCGGGACCGGCGGGCGCAGCACUUCCUCUCAGCUCCACGCCACCAGGCAGGAAGCAGCCUGGAGCUGGACCUGGAGACGCUGCUGUCUCAGAAACACACAGGUGACGUGGAGCUCAGAGUGCACGUCACCGCCUUCCACUUCCAGGAGGCGCCAUCCUCCCAGAAUGCACCUGGGCCGGUGCUGGACGGCUGCACGCCGCUGGCCGGGGUCCUGGAGGUCCUGAGCGGAGACGUGACCUACGCCGGCUGCGCUCGCUGCUCGGCCGAGCUCGGGACCGACGCCAACGGGAUCUACAGCCCGUGUUACCCCUGCCUGCCCCACACCGCCGUGCGCCGCUUCUACAGGCCAGGUGUGCUGGCUGUGAGUGGGCGGGGCUCCAGCCGGGCGUGUGUUCAGGUUCCUCCUGUUCCUCUGGAGAAGAUCCUCAGUGCUCCACCCGAUCAGCUGCACAGGAGCUCAGCUCCAGGUUCUCAGGUGAAGAACAUCCAGGUGGCAGCAGAGCGGAUCCUCACCCUCGUCUCCCUCCCACAGGAAACCGUCACCCUCACCGUGCGGAGCCACUUCCUGUGCGAUGAGAACAGCGUCCCCCUCAGCCAGGACCUCACUCUGCUGGACCUUCAGUUCCCCGGUGGACGGACUCGUCCCUGCAGCCGCUGGACGGACGAACCUUGAGCUGCUGCAGCUUCAUGUCGGGAACGAUUUCCUCUUUUUACAUUUUCAAAAACCAGAUGUCACCGAGUGUAAUGAAUGUGUUUUCAUCUAUAUGCUAAUGUUAGCAUGUCCAGCUAACUAACACUUCAUUUAAAUGUCUUUUAAAUAUAAGAAAGUCAUAAAAAUUGUUUGUUUUUCUUUUAUGAAAUGAAAAUAAAGAUCAAAAUUGUGAUUGAUGGUAAACAAA